AGCUUUAUGUUGCCUCAGACAGUAGGGACAAAGUCUUUAGUAAAAGGAUGCCAAUGAAUUCGACAUUUUGGCAGGAAAAUUCAGAAUGUUACUUAUGAGAGAAAAUAACUAUAAAACAAUUUACUCAAUCUGGAACAGAAACCCCAUAUUCAACAUAGAGCUCAAGCAAAUAAUCGAUGAAUACACUCCUGGGGACAAUUUCGCCCUCUGAAGCCUCAAAACACCUCCAAAUCCUCCUAUCCUCCCUCCCAAAUCGAUUUCGGGACAUAAACUUCCCUUCUUCACCCUCUCUUCAUCAAAAAUCCUCUCAUCAAGCCACUCCGAAAUCACCUCAAAAAUCUCCAAAAUAAAAUCAAAGUGCUCUAUUCUCCCUUCUGAAGAGCUAAAAAUCAUCUGUAUCUGCCAGUACGGCUCCAAAUCCAAGAGUGUGAGUGAAUAUUUACGAAUAAAUGGCAUAAACAGCGCUUAUCUAUUUGGAGGAAUUAAAGAUUUCAGUCCCCUCGUCGGGCCACAUUUCUGGCUAAAAUAAACCUAUUAUUCAA